CACACACUUUUUCCCUUAGUACUAACUUGUUUGGCAAAUUACUAAAGUCGUCAAUAUCAUUGCGAGUGGAGACAAAAUAUAAAAAAGACAAAACUUGCAACAACAGCAAACAAAAAACUCUAAUACUAUACUUAAUACCUAACAUGGAAAAAUCAAAUAAUAUUCAAAGUUUUAAUGCAAUUUGGUAUCAGAUAUUUUUAUAUUGUCUUGCAACUGUUCUCUUUGUUCACAUAAUAGCAGCAUUAGUAGCAUUUUUUUCACUCCGUAAACAUCAAAUUGGAAGAUAUUUAUGUAUCGUUUUGUUUUUAUAUGGUUUUUUAUACCCUCUGACUGGAGGAUUUAUAACAAGUGUUCUUAUUGCUUGGAUUUACUCUGCCGCUGGCUAUACUAUGGAAAAAAAUUUUGCAUUUGUAUAUGGCGCUGGUCAAGCACUUGUAUUAUUUCUUGUAUCGUUCAUACAUCUUUAUGGGUUGCUUUGAGACCGAUUUUAAGAAUCAACACUUAGUGAUUUCAAGUUUUGGCAAUUUGGAAGAAUCGACAUUUUAAAAAAGUAAUUUGCAAACAAUGCAUUACACAGGUUUUUCGCAGAAACUUUUUUACAAGUAUUGCGACAGACGUUUGUGGCAAAUUUGAGGGUUUUUGCAUUUGCAACUCAAGUUCUACUAAAAAUGAAAACAAAAUAUCACAUUGAUUAACAUCGAAAAUGCAGAAAGCAUAAAUGCUUUUUGCAUUUUUGAUGUUGGUCACUGUGAGUCAAGAAGAGAAAAUAAAAAAUUAUCGACAA